AUGGCCCCCAAGGCGGCCCAAGCCACUGAGGACAUCUUGUCCCCCAUCGACUUAGCCACCGUUCCGCCUUUCUGGAAGCGAAAGAAUGGCAUCCUGCUGUACUUUUUGCUAACAUCCUCCCUCUUUGCCAGUAUGGCCUUGGGAAUCGACGGGAGCAUGACCAACGCUCUUCAGACUCUGGAGAGCUGGCAGGACAAAUUCGGCCAUCCCACCGGUUCAAAACUAGGCUUCUUCGGCGCUUCCAAUGCCAUCGGUGGCGUCAUCCCCUUCAUCCUCCUGAGCUGGAUCGGCGACUUAGCCGGCCGCCGUCUCCCGACCGCGCUGGGCUCCAUCAUCAUAAUCGCCGGUGUCAUUGUGCAAUUCUUCUCGACCUCCCUCAACAUGUUCAUCGGCGGCAAGAUCGUGCUCGGCAUCGGCUCCUCGCUCAUCCAGAUGGGCGCUCCCGUGCUCGUCACCGAGCUUUCCCACCCCAAGGAGCGUGUGCAAAUCACAACGCUGUACAACACCAACAUUGUCUUGGGCUAUGUCAUUGGAGCGUGGGCGACGUACGGCUGCUUCCGCAUCCAGAGCGACUGGUUGUGGAAGCUCCCCACCCUCGUGCAGAUCAUUCCCUCGGCGUACCAGCUCGGCCUCAUCUACUUUUGCCCAGAAUCCCCCCGUUGGCUCAUCGCCAAGGGUAGGCUGGAAGCGGCCCGAGCGAUCCUGAUCAAGUACCACGGUGAGUGCGACCGGGAUAGCGAGCUCGUCAAGUUCGAAUGCGCCGAGAUCCAACAGGUCAUCGCCGAGGAGGCUGAGCAGAACAUGACCUGGAAGGACUUCUUCUCGUCCAUCCCCAACCUCAAGCGAAUCGGUUUAUGUUUCGCGACUGCCUUGUUCAGUCAGAGUUCGGGAAACCUGCUCGUGUCCAACUACUUGACUCAGAUUCUCAAGGAUACCGGCAUUGAAGCCGAGAAGGAUGUUACCUUGGUCAACGGCAUGGUCACGGUGUGGCAGUACAUUGUCGCCAUCUCUGUCACGCUCUUGGUCGACCGUUUCAAACGUCGAACUUUCUUUCUCACUGGAUCCGGCGGCGUCCUCGUCACGUUCAUCAUGUGGACAAUAGCCGCCAAGAAAUAUCUCGACGGGUCCCUCGCAGCCGGUCGCGUCGUGCUGGCGUGCAUCUUCCUCUUCCAGGGCUUCUACACUUUUGGCUGGACGAACUUGGUCGUGACCUACCCACUCGAGAUCGUCACGUACCGGAUGCGCGCCAAGACCUGGGCGUUCGUCCUGCUUACCAUCCAAGUGGCGUCCAUCUUUGGAGGAUACGUCAACCCCAUCGGACUGGAAGGCAUUGGGUGGAAGUUCUACAUCUACUACUGCGCGUGGGUAGCUUUUAUUUUCGUGAUUGUCUACUUCUUCUUUGUGGAGACUUCUGGUCCGACCCUGGAGGAGUUGACUUACUUGUUCGAAGGCAAGGAUGUCAAGCAGGAAAUGGCCAAGGUCGUCGAAAUCAAGAAGGAGGAACAGGAAUUCGCCCACGGAAAAGAAAAUGAGGCUUAG